CAACACAACAAGGUUUGCUGUUUUAUACGUGGAACCUCAUACCAUAACCAUCAAAGACAUUACUCUAAGUAACUCUUUGAGAUCCAGAAAUUGCACAACGUUCAGCAACAACAUAACUCUUCCUCAGAUUCCCACUUCUCCUUUAGGCUCUUUCUACAUCAAAUAUAAUAUAACACUCUUCAGGUGCAACAAGUCCCUCACUCUCAACCUUCCGCGGCGUUUUCAUAACUAUAGAGAGUGUCCAGAUUAUAAUAUCUACUAUGGCCCUCCAAAUGAGGAAAUUCCUAAGGGAUUUCAGUGGCCAACCAAUUUAACAGCAUGUUCCAAUAUUCAGUUACCAUUAAAAGACGAGUCAGAUACUGGGGACCCAUUUUCGUUUCUAUCUGAUGAGAUGGAAUUGGAAGCACUAUUAUCUGAUGACUGUGCCAAGUGUGUUCAGCACCAAAGUGGUCGAUGUCAACUUGACACCCAAGGCAAAUUCUAUUGUGCCACAGGUAGUAGUAGUACAAACAGGCUUGUCAAAAAAAUGGGACUUGCACUAGCACUGGCGGUGACAGCUACUCUAGUGCUAGUAAUAAUAGCGCUCUACUACAAAAGAUGGAAGAAGCAAAAUCAAACCCUUCCACUGGUUGAUGCUUUUUUUGAGAGACAUGACCACCUUCAAAUCAAGAGGUAUAGUUAUUCUGAGAUGAAGAAAGUGACCAAUUCCUUCAAAAACAAACUAGGCCAAGGGGGGUUUGGCAGUGUAUACAAAGGACAAUUACAGGACGGACGCCAUGUUGCAGUGAAGAUCCUAAGUGAAUUUAAAGGUGAUGGUCAGGAGUUCAUUAAUGAAGUUGCAAGUAUGAGCAGAACUUCUCAUGUUAACAUCGUUGCUCUUCUUGGCUUCUGCUUUGAAGGAUCUAAGCGAGCUUUAGUUUACGAAUUGAUGCCUAAUGGGUCUCUAGAGAAGUUAAUUUAUAAUGAAAAUUCUGUGAUAGGGGAUCGCCAAUUGGAUUGUCAAACUUUAUAUGAUAUUGCAAUUGGUGUUGCCCGAGGACUUGAGUAUUUGCACAAGGGCUGCAAUACAAAAAUCCUGCAUUUUGACAUAAAGCCUCAUAACAUUCUGUUAGAUGAAAAAUUUUGUCCCAAAAUUUCCGACUUCGGACUUGCAAAAGUUUGCACAAGAAAAGAAAGUAUAGUAUCAAUAUUUGGUGCUAGAGGAACUGCAGGCUAUAUUGCCCCGGAGGUAUUUUCUAGAAACUUUGGUGCAGUAUCACAUAAGUCAGAUGUUUACAGUUAUGGAAUGAUGGUCUUAGAAAUGGUUGGAAGAAGAAAGAACAUCAAGGCUGAAGUUGAUGUAUCGAGUGAGAUAUAUUUCCCUCAUUGGAUAUACAAUCGCCUUGUGUCAAAUCAGGAGCUUGAUCUGCAAAACAUAAGAAAUGAAUGUGAUAAUGAGAUGGUCAGAAAGAUGACAAUAGUGAGCUUAUGGUGCAUCCAAACCAAUCCUUCAACUCGACCAUCAAUCAGUAAGGUGGUGGAAAUGUUGGAAGGAAGUGCUGAGUUGUUGCAAUUGCCUCCUAAACCAUAUUGGUUUUCUCCUUCAAACUCUCCCUGAACUUUGAACCAUUGUAGUUUAUAUGUUGCAGUUUGUAAUAUAUUGUCCUUUUAUCUGUAAUUUCUUUGUCUUUUUAUAC